CCUGCCCACAUAUAAGGUCUAGUUGUAAGCUUGCAAUCCGUAUCCAUGCAAGCCACACCCAUGCACCUGCCUCACCAAUCCCACCAUUAGCAUACGCUCCGCCCACCAAGCGUAGGGUACCUAGAGAGAGCUGCAACUGCAUUGCGGCAACCAGACAAGAUAUUACAGAGUCUGAACAGCUAUACAGGGAUCACUCGUUGUCAUUGUCAUUCCUGUUGAUCUAGCCUCAACUUAAAGGUAACGGGAAUGCAUGACAUCUAUCAUGGAGAAGUAUGCUAGGAUUAUCCAAAAGUUUUUGAAGAUGCAUUCGUGCAUCAAGGGUCUUGGUGGCAUUUCUGCCAGCACCAUACCAAGAACUGUCUUCCCUCAAAGUUGUCAGCGGAAUCAUUCUCUGAGGACGCACUCCCAAAGCUCAUUGCAUUGUAGGACAUGCGGCACAGCUGCGAAAAUCCGACUGGGAGGAAGGAGCAAGAAUUUUCAAACCCUCAGUAAACUGUCGUCAUCAUCGUCAUCAGGGUCCACAGAAUUAAAACCUGCUCCACCUUCUGCGGCAUCAUCAAUGGUAUCCCCAGCAUCAAAGAUUACCCGAUCUGGAGGCCGACAGAAGCUUGUCAUCCUAGGUACUGGAUGGGGUAGUUACAGUGUCCUGAAGAGUAUAAACAAAUCACUCUACGAUGUGGUGGUCGUCAGCCCAAGGAACCACUUCCUCUUUACCCCUCUACUAGCAAGUACGACAGUGGGAACCUUAGAAUUCAGGAGUAUCAUCGAGCCAGUUAGGAACACAGGGUUUCGACAGAGUGACCAUUUUCAUCUUGCUGAGGCUGUGCGGUUGGAUACAAAGAAUAAGAUUCUGACGUGUCAGAGUGCCGUGGAUCGCAGUUCUCAGUAUGAUCUGGAAUAUGACAAACUGGUGAUUGGUGUCGGGGCCAUCAGCAACACCUUCGGGGUUCCAGGGGUGUCUGAACAUGCACUCUUUCUGAAGGAAGUAGCUGAUGCUAGAGCCAUCAGGAACCGCAUCCUAAGCAACUUUGAGUUGGCGCUCCAUCCCAACAUCACAGAGGAGGAUAAGAGGAGGCUACUCCGCAUCGUUAUUGUCGGUGGCGGACCGACUGGUGUGGAGUUUGGUGCCGAGCUGCAUGACUUUGUUCGAGAGGAUGUCUCCAGACUGUACAAGGAAGAGCAGAAGUUUGUCCAGGUGUCCUUGAUAGAGGGUCGUAAGGUCUUGGGUGCCUUCAACCAGAAGCUACAGCAGUAUGCAGUGAAGAAGAUCAGAGCUAGAAAACAGAUGGAACUCAUAGAGGCCAAUGUCAAUAGUGUGGAGGCGAACGGUGUGACCUUGACCGAUGGUAGAGUUAUCCCUUGUGGUCUGGUAGUAUGGUCAACUGGACUUGCUCCACGAUCCUUCACAGAAACCCUUGACCUUCCCAAGAAUGCGCAAGGUCAGCUAGAGACCGACGAGAGGUUACGGAUAGCGGCAGUAGAGGACAGCAGUGUCUAUGCCCUGGGAGAUUGUGCUGAUAUAAUAGGCAAUCCUCUCCCAUGCACAGGCCAGGUUGCAGAGAAACAAGGUCGUUACCUGGCCAAGCUGUUGGCUCAUCGUGGACCAGUGGAAGAUGUUCAUCCAUACGUCUACAAAGGCUUUGGAAUGUUAGCCUAUCUGGGAGACUACCAGGCCCUGACCGAGACGCCUGCUCUCAAGACACAAGGAUUCAGUUCAUGGCUCCUGUGGCGGUCAGCUUACCUGACGCGUCUCGGCAGCUGGCGGCUCCGUAUGCAGGUUCCUGUUGAUUGGACCAAGACCCUCCUCUUCGGCAGGGACAUCUCAAGGUUCUAGACCAAGCACAGAGGUCUAGGAACCAUAGGCCUGUAUUAGUGGUCUAGCUCUUGUAGGCUCUGUGUAUGUAGCUUGGAUGGAUGGUUGUUUCCAUCUUUCCUUUCCUCAUAGCAUGAGAGCUGUUGAGGCAACAAUGAAAUCAACCUUGAGACACACUUUCUCCAUGGCUUUCUGUCUUCAGCUCUGAACAAAUAUAUAUAUAUCUCACGAUAGCUCAGUUGGUAGAGCAGUGGUCUCGUAAUCCGACGACCCGAGUUCGAAACCAAGGCGACGCGCCAGUGCUCUUUG